AUGUUCGACCAGAUGGAAGACAAAUACAUCGGCCUGGCGCUGGCCGUCACCUCUACCCUCGCAAUAGGGACUAGUUUUGUCAUUACGAAAAAAGGAUUGAACGAUGCGGCGGACAAACACGGCUUUGAAGGAGAUGGAUUCGCCUACUUGAAAACCCCUCUUUGGUGGGCUGGCAUAGCCUCGUUGGUCAUGGGCGAGGUGGCCAACUUUGCCGCAUAUGCGUUUGCCCCGGCCAUCUUAGUGACUCCCCUGGGAGCACUCAGCGUGCUGAUCGGAGCCGUGCUGGGGGCAUAUUUCCUGGGCGAAGAGCUGGGUGUCCUAGGAAAACUGGGGUGCGCCAUCUGUCUUCUCGGGUCUGUGAUCAUAGUGCUACACGCGCCUCCGGAUAAGGAGAUUGAGACUGUGGAUGAAAUCCUAUCAUUUGCCAUAAAACCAGCCUUUAUACUCUACUGCCUCGCAGGCAUUGUCUUCUCGGCCGUCAUGAUAUACAAGGUGGCUCCGGUCCACGGCAGGAGAAAUCCUAUAGUCUACAUUUCGAUCUGCUCGACCGUAGGCUCCAUUUCGGUCAUGUCGGUCAAGGCCUUCGGGAUCGCCUUGAAGCUGACCUUUGCCGGCAACAACCAAUUCAGCCAUCCAUCGACCUAUGUGUUCAUGAUUGUCACAAUAGUCUGCAUCCUGACGCAGAUGAAUUAUUUCAACAAGGCGCUGAGUCUAUUCUCGACGUCCAUCGUUAACCCCCUGUACUAUGUCACCUUCACCACCGCCACGCUAUGUGCGUCCUUUAUCUUGUUCCAAGGCUUCAACACCACCGAUGCCGUCAACACCAUCUCCCUUCUGUGCGGCUUUCUGAUCAUCUUUGCUGGGGUGUAUCUUCUCAACCUAUCUCGAGGCGAUCCCGAUGGUCACCGACUACUCAAUGGAAAGAUACCCGACCAGGACGGAAUUCCCACCGACCCCAUCACGGGAUUGCAGACCCGGCGAAGUAUGCAACUGAGGAGGAGCUUGGAUCCGCAUCGACGGAGCAGCAGUCUCACGUUCAGCCCGGGAGGACUCCGAAACGUGAGCGGCGAGAGUGCCGGACUCAUGCGCAGUUAUGAUGUGGAGCAUAACGCCUUUGGAUUAAGCGACUUGGUGGAAGAUCCUGAAGAGUUGGGGGGAGCCCAAAGAGCGAGUCCGAGUCGGAUGCCGGGAGGUGAGCAGGUGACGAGGCUGUACGAACAACCGACCCCAAAGAGCUUGAAUCAAUAA